AUGACAUUUGACUUGCAAGCAUUCUUCCCCGUGAACCCGUCCGCUCGAAACAACCCCAUCAACCGAGACGCCCCAGCCCCCACUCCUGCCAACACCCUCCCUGGCUCAAUCAGUCCGACCCCCCCUGCCGCCAACCCCAUCCCUGGCUCUAAUGCUCAAUCACCUCCUGCCCUCAGACAAGUCCCUCAAGCCCCCCUCGGUGGCGCCACAGAUCAAAGUAACCAACUAUCCAACCAAGUUGACAUGCAAAACAACUUUGGGGGGAUGCCACCGCCUAACCAAAUUGGCGGCCAGAACGUCGGGAUGGGGGGGGACAACUCGAUGCUUGGAGGAGGUCAAUCUGGAGUCGGUAUGGGCAACGGCGAUCAAGGCACUGGAAAUGGUCUGUCGUCACCUGUGAUCACGGGCUACGGCGGGAACAGCGAAGGGGAUCAUAACGCUGUCACCACUGCCCUCCAAACCCAACGAACAUGACGUCUAACAUCACCGCUACGAUGGCGGCGGCACCGUCUACUACUGGAGCAGUGACCACGGCGACUCCGAAAACUACCUCGG